AUGGACAACCUUGGAACUACAGCGAGCGCCAUCUCCUCCCUCCAGGUACCACUUUUGUGCAGCACCACUUCGAGAGCUCUCACAGCUUCGCACGCCGCCUUCUUGAAAUCGCUGGUCUCGAGCAUUCCGGCGUGUAAGGCUCCCCUCAUUCCUAAAAUUUUCAACUCAGUCUUCACACUGCCGGCUCAGCUACAUUACAUUUCUCUCUCACUCCCGGACCACGCUAACCUUCCCGCCUUUUCUGAGCUUACUGCGGGAUACCGUCUCUCUCACCGGAAAAUCGCGCUAGUCGAAGAUCACUUAUUAUAUCGUCGGCCCCAAAACCCCUUUCCUCAACCGACUGUCUACUCAAACACUUUCAAGGAUAUCGUCUCAAUUACGGCGAAAACAGUCACCAUGACGACCACUCGAUACCUGUCAUUCAAAGUCAACAAGGACACGCGAAGAAUGUUGGUCGCGUUCACCCGAGAUAACGACGAAGCAUGGCUUCAUAUCUCUAUGGUGGCCGAUAAGGGAGACGCGAAACCAAGGACCGCAUGGUACAGAACCGCCAAGGGCGGCCACCAGUAG